ACCAUGCAGAUAGAAAAAGGAGUGCAGGCGCAGGCGUGCCGCCACAGUUGCCUUGCCACCCACUGCCCACUGAACCCCCCCCCGCCGCCGAAUUCCCGAACCCGACGCCACGCAGGAGACGGGACGGGAACAGUUCCUUCCCAAGCAGACGAGACGACCCACACCGCCGACUCGAGUGCGCAACGGCACACUGCAGCCGGAGCGCGGAGCGCCGCAUUCCACAGUCACACACACACACCCACCACCACCUCCUCCAGCAGCACAGGUCGUCCACAGUACACCGCCGCAGUCGCCCAGCAACUGAGAGAGAGCCGGGGGACAGUGCCGGGAGCGUCCGGCUCCGGCUCCGGCUCCGGCCCCGCACUCGGCAUCACCACCCGCACCUGGCCCCCAAGUCCAGGCUCCCUCCCUCUCACCGGGCGAGCGAGCGAGCGAGCGGCAGCGAUGGGGUCGAGCAUGGCGCUAGCGCUGGCGGGAUUCUGCUUCAGCGUGCUCUUCAUCGUCUUCGUCUGCACGCGCCUCGCCUGCGCGCUCCUCCGCCGCCGCCGCCGCUGGACCCGCUCCCGCCGCGCCGCCGCCGCGACGCCCACGCUCCCGCAGCACUACCACGCCGAUCCCGACCCCUUCCCGUUCCACGUCGCCCGCUACUACCACCACCACCACCACCACCACCACGCCGCCGCGGCGGGCGCCUCACCCGGCCUCGAUCCCGCCGCCGUCGCCGCUUUCCCCACCCGCGUCUACUACGCCGCCGCAGCACAAACCUCCGACGAAUCCGACGACGAUUCCCAGUGCAUCAUUUGUCUUGCAGAAUACGAAGAGAAAGACGUGCUACGCAUUCUGCCUUACUGCAGCCAUAAUUUCCACAUGGCCUGUAUCGAUUUAUGGCUGGAGCAGAACUCAACCUGCCCGGUCUGUAGAAUCUCACUGCUUGUGCUUGAUAACCCUGAAAGCGAACACACUGCACCUCCUCUUACCCCUCCUCCUCCUCCUCCUCCCCCUCCACUAUCCAGCAUAGUAAUAAGCCCUCCAAGCUCUCCUGAAUCGUCGAGAUCAGAUCCAUGCCGCUGCCUGUUUGUCAGCAGUGGGCACUCAUCAAGGGCAUCAGAGGUGGCUCCAAGACAUGAGCCCGACCAGGAGAAUCAGGUUGUAUCUGGUCCAUCAGUAGUGGAUGGGGCUAACAGCUUGCCGUUGCCUGAAGGUGACCCGCCUCCAGAAAAUAACAACAGCCAGACGGUAAGAAAGCAGGUGGACAGAUCUACCCAGCUAGGACCCUGCAAAUAGCGGCUGCUUUGGCGCCUCUGCUCUGCUGCAGGCCCUGCAGGGUGAACAAGUACUACGUGGUAAAACGAGAAACGUGCACACUGGUGGUGGAUGGCUGUUGCUGUUGUAGGUUAGAUUUGAGGGGGUUUCGUGUAGAUACGAGAAAUCAAUUCAGGUCUGUUGUUGGAAAGAAAAACACACAGUUUAUUCAUUCAGUAUUCAUGGUCAAAAACAGCACACCGUGGUAUAUGGGAUAUGUAUACCACAAGAGAGAUGUCAGCAGCAGUGCAUUUGCAAAAGGCUAGUACCCUGUUGUUGGCAUCAACAAAUAGGAUCAGCGGGUUAGUUCCAUGUGAUGAGAGCAUUUGAGAAUGACAUGGUUUUGUGUACUGGGCUACUGGCAGUGUACCAUUUGUCAUUUGAAAUGGACGUGUUUUAUUUCCCCGGGGCGGGGCGGGGCGAUGCUAGUAGGGAUUAACUGAUGGCUGAUGCAGCUGUCUUAUUCAGGCACGCAUGUAAAAAUUCCUCUUGAACAGCAGGCAUGAUCAGUUGCCAUGUUGUCAGCUUGUAAACUGGGAAUGCUAGCAGCACAGUUCCAUCUACUGUAGGCUGUAGUACCAUGUGGUCUGAAUCCAAUGUUCUGUUUUUG